AUGAUAAUGUUACUUAGGGUAUUUAAACAAAAUAACCUUUAUGUAUUACCAUUCAAGGCAAAUAAAAUACCUUUCAUCAGAUGCACAAAACGUUAUGAAUCAAGAGUAAAGGCUCAUAGAUAUACAGGAAUUACAGCAGUAAAAACGCAUGCUCAGAAAACAGAGUGGUAUUUAAAAGCUGAAAGAGAUUUCUUAGCUGAAAGGAAUCAAAUACCAAAUGGGUUCAUAGGAUUAUGGCAAUAUGAUGAUAUAAAACAUUUAAAAAAAAAUAUAAUAAACAUGUUACAUUUAAAGUGUGCCAGCAGCAAACAAAUACAUAAAUAUAAAAAGUUAUGUAUAAGACGAUUUCUACAAAGAAGACCAUUCGAUACUGGAAGUGCACCUGUUCAAAUUGGAUGUUUAACUGAAAAAAUUUUAAAUUUAAGAGCUCAUUUAAUACUUAAAUGCAAAGAUCAUCCAAAAAAAAGAACUAUGUCCAUAUGGUUAGCUAGAAGACAAAAAUUAAUGAAGUACUUAUACAAAACAGAUUUCGAAUUAUACAAACAUACAUGCAAUUUGUUAAAAAUAAAAUGCAUAUUAUUUGCUAUCCCAGAUUCAAGAGAUCGAUCGAAAGCUAUUAAUGCUGCUGCUGUUGAUGGUGAUAGGUGUAAAUUUUUAAUAAGGCAAAAAUUAUGGAAAGGGAAAUACAGACCAAGACCUAUGAAAGAUUCUAAGGGACAAACUAUUAGAUACACACGACAUCCGAUAGAACAACCUCCAUCUGAUUAUGCUCUUCCGAAAGAAUAUAAACCUCAGAUAUCAAAUUCUUGGCCUUAUGGUCUUAGGGAAAAUUAUGAGAAAGGUCUCUAUACUGUUCAUAAUCCCACAGCCCCUGGAUUGGGUUAUUGUCCCGUCCCAAUGCUAUUUUAA